AUGACAUUGGAAAACAUCAACCCAAAUGUGUAUACUUUUAAUAUAUUGGUUGAUGCUUUUUGUAAGGAAGGAAAGGUGAAAGAAGUGCAAAAUGUGUUAGCUCUGAUGGUUAAAGAAGGCAUUAAACCCGACGUUGUUACCUAUAAUUCUUUAAUGGAUGGAUAUUGUCUUGUAAAUGAAGUGAACAAGGUAAAUGAUAUAUUCAAGACUAUAGUUAAAAGAGGAGUAACUCCUAAUGUUUGGACCUACACUAUCAUGAUAAACGGAUUUUGUAAGAUUAAAAUGGUAGACAAAGCUAUAAGUCUCUUCAAAGAAAUGCAUUGUAGAAAAAUCAUUCCUGAUACGAUAACUUAUAGUUCCCUUAUUGAUGGCUUGUGCAAAUUGGUAAGAAUUUCAAAUGCCUUGGAGCUUGUCGUUGAGAUGUGCGAUAGAGCGUUGACCAUGCUAUCAAAAAUUAACGACAUUGGUUGCAUUCCAAAUGCUCCAACUUAUGAAAUCAUUAUUAUUUCCCUAUUUGAAUAUGAUGAAAAUGAUAAAGCUGAGAAACUUCUUCAUGAAAUGAUUAUGAGAGGUCUACUAUGA